GCGGCGAGAAGGAAUUGUUCAACCAUCCCACUGUGAUGAACUUAGCGGUCCGAGCGUUUCCGAGACUAGCGGACCCUUCAACAUAGUAUUUUGUCACGCCUUACCUGUGGCGUUAUUCCUUGCUUGUGAUCUCAUCUAUUCUACCGCCGCAACCUUGUAAUAAAUCAUAUUCAGCCUUCUCUCUUCAGAGUAUCGUCAGCGAUUCUGACAAUGGGUUUAGGGUGCUGUUGACAUUAGAUCAAAAGCAAUCACUACUACCAAAUUUCUCUUCGCACACCAGCCCCUAUUAUGUCCACCACCAAUAACACACUCGACUCUGACCAAAACAUGUCUUCUCCAAAUGAAGGAGAAACUGGAGUCCUAUUCCAACUCCUUACACAGCUUGUACAGGGCCAACAGGAUUUUGGACAGGCGGUAACCCAGAUUUUGGCUCAACCUGCACCAGUUGCACCAGCACCGCAGGUGACACAGCCACAGCCCACUGCACCUCCUAAAGCGUCGGUUGCCGAACCAGAUGCUUACGACGGGAAAUAUGACACAUUCGACACCUUUAUGAGUCAACUCUACCUGUUGUUCUCUGGCAAACCAGCUGUAUAUGCUAAUGAUCAGAUGAAAAUUGUCACCGCCCUAUCCUUUAUGAAGAAAGGUUUCGCAGGAACCUGGGUGACCAAUAUUACGAUGAAGUCGAGGGAAGGAACCAUAACAUUCGCCGACUGGGCGGUGUUUGAGAGGAAGUUGAAAGAAGUAUUCGAUGACCCGAACAAAAUGCGAGCUGCUCAAGUUAAACUCCACACGCUGAAGAAGAGUCCCAAGCAACCUGCAGAGGCUCUGCUCGAUGUCCUACAGCAGAACCUCAACAAACCAACUUUCGAUGCUAUUGUAGCAGCACCACAGGUAGACUGGACCCUGUUGGCCUGGAGGGACUACGCAAAAAGAUAUGAUAGGAAUAAGAGAGCUAAUGAAAGAGUUGAUAUGGGAGAAGUUACGAGCGGAAGGAGAUUUGGUGAAGGACGAGCAGGACCAGGGUGGAUUAGGCCUGGAAAUUUGCCGGGAGGAUGAGGCUAUCCGAAUGUGGGGGCAUCAGGGACCACUGGCAUGGGCAUGGGGUCAAACGGGCACAGGGCAUGUCAACACCAGGGGUGGACAUACCUUUCCAGGACGUGGUGAACCUAUGGACUUGGACUGAGCACGUGGACAUAUUGGGCCGAUGAAAUGCUAUAACUGUGGAGAAUUAGGUCAUACUGUAGAGUUGUAGCUUCGCGCCCUUUUGGGUGUGACCAUGUCACACUUAGCUUCGCAGCUUUGUAGGCCCUUGUGACGUGUGACCUAUCCAAAUU